AUGUCGCAAAAAGAGCUCCCUGAAAUAUUUCGACUACCAACUUGCAACGGGCAUGACCUAUACGAAGUCUCUGUGGAUGAAUUGCAGCAUCUCUUAUCCUCUGGAGCCCUGUCGUCAGUUGAAUACGUGAAGUUCUGCUUGGCCAGAGUUCAAAAGAUCAAUCCAUAUCUUGAAUGCAUCAUCGAGACAAACCCAGACGCCAUCGACCACGCUCAACAGUUAGACGAAGAGAGGGAAUCCGGAAAAAUUAGAAGCCCUCUUCACGGCAUCCCUGUUCUCGUCAAGGACAAUAUGGCCACCGCCGACAAGAUGCAAACGACAGGAGGCUCUUGGGUGUUGCUUGGAUGUAUUGUUCCCAAAGAUGCGCACAUCGUUGGCCUCUUGCGAAAAGCUGGUGCCAUCAUUCUAGGCAAGACCAAUCUAGACGAAUGGGCAGGUAUGAGGAGUAGCAUCUACUCUCUAGGCUAUUCCGCACGCGGUGGACAAUGUCGGAAUCCAUAUCUGUUGAAUCGCUCUCCAAAUGGCAGUAGCUCCGGCAGUGCUGUAGCCGUAUCAGCAAACAUAGUCCCUCUCGCGUUUGGAACCGAGACAGAUUGCAGCGUCAUAAGUCCCGGCAUGGUGAACGGAGUGGUCGCGAUCAAACCCACGGUCGGCCUGACAUCUCGAGGAGGAAUCAUUCCGAUCUCGGAAACCCAGGACUCGAUAGGUCAUUACGGUCGAUGCGUCGCCGAUGUUGCUCGAGCGCUAGAUGUCGUUGCUGGACCGGAUCCCGACGACAAAUUCUCCACACAACCCGAGAGACGACAACCCAAGAGUUACUGCUGCUUUCUUACCGACCGGCACGCCCUCAAAGGUGCGAGAUUCGGACUGCCCAUGAAGCGAUUCUGGGACGUAGCUCCCUUCCCUCAGAGGUAUGUCGCGGAGAAAGUGUUGCGACUCAUCGAGGAAGCGGGCGCUGAGAUAGUUCCCGUCGACAUGCCCUGCGCCGAGGAAAGGUUGAACGAGGAUGGAAUCUGGAAUUGGGAACGAUUUGGCGAUACUAGACCCGAAAUCUCCGAGAUCACUGUCAGUAAAGUGCAAACAUACUACUUGAUGAACAAAUACCUGAGCAAAUUGAAAAACACCCCGAUCAAGACUCUGGAAGACGUCGUGCGCUUCAAUGACGAAAACCGUGGCUCCGAGGGGGGACAUGCUGGCGAUCUCCCGGCGUUCCCCGACGGACAACGUUUGUUCCGCAAAUGUAUCGAGACCAAAGGCAUCAAGGACAAAACCUACUACGCGGCAUUGAAACACAUUCAAUCACAGUGUCGAGAGAAUGGCAUCGAUGCCGCCUUGCGAUGCCCUCCUGAACAUCGGAGAUCCGGUUCUGCCGAUGCGGAAGAACUUCUCGACGCUCUACUCUUUUGCGACGUUAAAGCCGGAGGAAUUCAAAUCGCCGCUCAAGCCGGAUAUCCCGUUAUGACCAUCCCGAUCGGCCUUGACCCAGAUGGCAUGCCACUACCACUGACACUGCAGCAUUCAGCAUGGCAGGAAGAGAAGCUAGUAAAAUGGGCUAGUGCGAUUGAAGAUUUGUUCAAGAUAUACAAUGCAGAGCACUCAAUUCCUGUGACAGCUCGGACAGAGAGAGUCGGACGCGUUCCACCGACAUACAUGAAUCAUUUGAGGAAGAAUAUUCCCGUUGACCCCGACUAUCGAUGGCCAGGUCGACAUCGAGACCAAGGAUUCUAA